CAGCGGGCUCUCGGGCAAAGCCUCUUCCGGCCGAGCAAACGAAGCCCUUAGCAACUUGUGCUUCUCUCGGGAUCCCUACGCGGAGGAUCAUCAAUCAAAGCGGACGACGAGCACACGGGGCAGCUCUAUUGCGGCACUGGAAGGGGCGGGAGUGGGACUUCUUUUCAGAGUGGCGGAUGGAGAUGGAACGGAGAACGCCCACGCCUAAGCCGCGUUUACUUUUGUUGGUGUUGCCGCGCGCCUCCUGGCCAGAGCGAGUUUCCUACCAAGGUUGGCAGGAUGGUUGGUGACAGUAGUCGGGCGAGGAUGGCAAGUAGACUGCCAGAUGUUGAAGAGCAAGAUGAGGAUGAGUGUGAGCCAGCUGAGUCAAAAGGGUCAGAUAACACUGUGCGUUCAGACAGCACCUUUGGAACUGAAAGCCCAGAGGCCGGUGGGGGUGGUCACCCUACCCCUGAAGAUGAAAGCACAACAUCCAUAAGAAGUGAAGAGCUUGAUUCUGAGCACCAGAUUAACUGCACAUUCUCAGUCUCGCUGGCUGUUCCAGUUGUACUUCCAACAAAUAAGCCUGUGAUGGCCUCUAGACAAGAUAUUCCAAGAUCAGCAUCUAAAAUGAGAGACUCAUAUAUUCCAAAAAUGCAUCGUUUUUAUCAUAUUGAAUAUUUUCUUCUGCCCGAUGAUGUUGAACCCCGAAAAUUAGAUUUGGUGCUAUUUGGUCCAGUGGCUAAACUGUUUCUGGAAACAGAAUCUAAGCCAGAGACUCCAAAGGACAGUGAGCGGCCCAAGUCGAAAAAGGCAUCCGCGCUGCAUAUUUCAGUUGUGAGACCAUGGCUUGAACACGACCAGCUAUGGGUGUCAUGGAAUCAUAGUGUUGAAAUUAAUGUUACCACCGACUUUCUAAUGAAGCUAAGAGAUCAUAGUAUAAAGCUGAGAUUAUGGGACACCAAGGAUAAGGUUUGUUCAAAAGCCAAGUAUAGUAAAGCAAAGGCUACUGCACCACCAUCGGAUCAAGGAUCUCUUGAAGUAAAGCAUAUGAUUUCGCUUCAGAGAAACUUCUUGGAACAAUGUCAACCCAAAGCCAGUUACACAAAAAUUAAACCACCAGAAGUGUCCCCCAUAUCAGAGAAGUCAGCAGUUGGCGUUAUAGCAGGUUCUCCUACUUCGGCUGCAAGCAAGCACCUGGAUGCAGACUCUGAUGCUUUCAUUGAACGCAAAACUUCCCGUAAAUCUGUUGGUGCUGCAACUCGCUCGCUGAGUGCAUUCAGUAUUUCUGGGAGCAUACCCUCUUCUCUCAAAGAAAGAACUCUACAGGAAGCCAAAUCUAUAAAGCAGAAAUUGCAUUCGAAACCUCAUUCUAAACUAACAGCCUCGGCAAUUAUGAAAACAGGAAAAAUGAUGGAUCAUUCAGAAAGGAAGGAGACACCGGAUGAAGGGCACCACCAGUUACCAGAAAAAAAGAAACCCUCACGAGUUUUAGACAAAAGAUCUGCAUCAGGCACUCAGAAAUCAUCUAAAGAAUCUGCAACUUCAACAGCUCUGACAAAGAAGUUUGGAAUAGCUUUUUUAGAGCUGAACCUCAUGCCCCUCUUGUCAGGACAACGCUGCGUGGUCAGUCAGCUAGGAGAGAAAUCCCCUAAACUUUGGGACGCAUACCUUAGCUUUUCUGUUGAAGGGACUCUGAUGAGUGAGAAACAAAAACAUGAAUUAAAUCCACUGAUUAUUAAGAUUAACUCCGCAAGGUGCUUACCAGACACCCCUGUUCCAAUUAAAGUGCUACAGAACUCAUGCCUUCCUAUUUACUGCAAGUACAAAUUCCAUAAUAUGGAGCCACAUCGAACGCCAGACCGGGAUCAUGGCUCUCAUGUCUUCUUUAAGGAUACCAACGUGGUUCUUGCAGGAACAAUAAGACGUGACGAACUGACUGAGUAUCUAAGAGGACCACCCUUGGAAAUCGAGGUUCAUGAUCGGGACAAAAAAUGGCAAGAUGUUGAUAUAAAGCCUUCGUUGUUUGGAGAGGAGCCAGGAGACUGCAGGCUAAGCCAUUUGAGCUCUGUCACUUCGAAAUACGUGGCCCAGAAUCCCUUGAAAGGCAUGGAGGAAAUGUGGCACCCAUAUGGGGUAGCCAGAAUCCGCUUGGCUGAACUACUGCUAGGUGAAAAGGCCUUGAAUUUCUGUGCGCCAAUUCACAACUGUCCCAUUCGGGAUACGAGGUCCAUUCGGAAGGCUAAGGAUACUGACGGCUCUCCGGUGGCCCAGAUGCCAGCGGGCCAUUAUGUGUGCUCAGGGGCCUUUCUUAAAGUAAGAGUUGAAAUAGCUGUACCGUUAAGUCCCGAAGAUGAAGCAGAGGACACUAAAGACGAUUAUUGCCCCUAUGGCUGUAUUAUCUAUGUUUUCGACUAUAAAAACACAUCUCUCAUAAGUUACUUGCUGCAGGAGAUUACAAAAAUCAAUGCAGAGGCUCUAGAACUGGAUUCGUACCCUCUGCGCAUCAUUCAUAAAUCUCUUAAUGCGUUAAAACUGAAUAACAGGAUGACUUACGAGGAGAUUUGUCAACUGGACGUUCUUACUGGGUUCCAUAUUCUGGAUGGAUCCAUUCACCUUCUUGUUGUGGAAGGCUUAAAGAACAAAGCCCUUAAGAGGUUAUGGAAUAAGCGAAUAGACAGGUUGCAUGAAUCUAAAAUUGGAAGAUUAAAAAUAUUCUAUAACUCGCACUUCUCUUUUCAUCAGCGCCUGUAUGUAGACCUUGAAGCCAUUCUGCUUCACAUCCGUCUCUGCAAGCCACUAUCUAAUAUCGUGAAUCAGCCUUUGCUAUAUAUCAGGGAUAUGGUUCCCCUUCCGUGUUUUGAAGCUCUGAUCAGGCUUGAUUCUAUCUGCCGCAGUAUGAGGUUAAGAGAUGUGGUCCAUCAUGAUCUCUUGCCAUCUGCAGAAAUGAUCACAGUGUUGAGCCAAGAGUUUGGGAUCCCCUUGAAAAGGGAUGACUUACUCAUCCAGCAACACCCAGAGAUCUCAGAUAUGUUUGAUAUGCCACCAAAGUAUUCGUAUGUGAGAAAAUAUAGGCGUUUCCCUCUAGAUAACCACAAUGAAGAGUACAUACUUAGAAAAAGGGAAAUGGAAAGUCAGGCAGCAGAAGACUUUAUCCAGUCUAAUAUUGAGAAUAUACAUCUAGUCAGCAAGAUGGUGAAAAAGGAAGGCAGCAAAAUCAUCAGGGCUUUCCCUUCUGAUGGCAAGUCCAUUUUUAAUUACAGUUGUCAGGCGUUCAAUUCUGCAGAAAUUGCAAAGAAGCUGCUUCGUCAAGAGAUGGAAGAGUAUCCAGGCAAUAGGUUUGCUUACAAUCAUGAAUAUCUGUCAGCCAUAUUUGACCCAGUAGAUGAAGACAGCGUGCUAAAGGAGUCCAUGCACCAAUCGGAGAUGAUGUGGCUCUCACCAGGAGGGUUUGUGUAUCCUGGAUACAAGAGCAGCAUUGAGUCCAACCGGCAUCCUCGUAAGCCUGACGAAGCACGAGUGAUGGAGCUGCGUGAGACAUGGCAGGAGCGCUUGAAAGCCAGUGACAUGACAAUUCCAGGCCGGGAGAGAUGGCCUUGGGACAAGAGACAUGCAGAUUUUGAGCUUUACAAAAAGAACCCUCCACGUGCCCAUGUGCUUCUUGAUACUCAGAGAGAAGAGCCUCCAAAAGAGAUACGAUGCAACACUGCACUGAAAGUUCAUCGAUGCUGCCCAUCGACAGAGCUCACUGCAAGUGGACCCAAAGCCAGCUGCCAGCUAGCCCGGAUCCAGGGACUUCUGAAAGAUGCACCGGCCAAGCUGUCCCUAAGAAUGCUGCCUACCCCAGUUGCUGGAAUGGCAGACCAAGUGGAAGAGGUCAGGAACUGCAAAGGAUUUGUUCCUGGCGCUGAACCACUCCUCAGCCUGAAGAGGAAUGACAAUAUAAUUCCAUGCUAUGACAGGCAACACGAUACAUUUAAAACGCUGAAGGGAGAAGAUUUCAGAUUGAUUUGUCGUAAGCAUUCAUUUCGGUACAGGGGGCCGCCUCUGCAGAAAUUGGUCUUUAAGGAAGAAAUCCAAAUAGCAGAGGAUACACAGGCUGCAGUAACGGCUGCCCCAGAGCUGAGUGGCUGAAGUUUAACAAAAGGGACUUUUCUACCAUUGGCACCAGAAUAGCUGGAACCUGAUCAUGUGAUUGCAGACUUUCUAAAGAACCUCCUUUAACAUUUUACAGUUGUAGCAUAAACAGCUUUAUACUAUACAAAACUUGUUCGAUACCUGGCUGUUGUGAAAUAUGUUGCAAUACACAUGGCUCAGCAGUU